AUGAUGACAGUGUAUACGGUCUCGUUGGUCUUCUUGCUUUCGUUGAGGGCUUUCGACGCUCAAUCAUCUUACGUCUUCCCCAAAGCUAUCAACGCAACAACUGGCUCAGUAUUCAAUGCUGAGGCAUUGCUAGCUCCGAACUCUUCUGUGGCGACUCUUAGCGGGAAAGGAGCGCAGAUUGUAUUUGAUUACGGCGUCAAUGUCGGUGGGUUUCCUACUUUGUGGCUACACAACGUGGAGGGAGAAAGUGUGCAGAUGGCUGCGACGUAUAGUGAAGGUUGGGGCGGAGUAUGGAUGGCGGAAGGAGAAUCCUUCGUUGACUAUUCGGACGGUUAUAGUAACAACCGCACGGUCACAUACAAUCUCACCGCGACCAGCGAUAACUUCAUACAGGAUUACUACCUGCAAGGGUCGCAACGAUGGCAGCGCAUCUGGCUUCUUACCGAUGGGACCGUCUCCCUCUCCGCCGUCGGGUUUCGUUCAAUUACUGACACCACCGCCGUCGACUCUCUUCCUGGAGGUUUCAAGUCCAACAAUGACCUCUUCACUAAUAUAUGGGAGGCAGGUGCGAGGACGGUUCAAUUGGUCAGCGAUCCAGCAGGAUCCAUUCCCCCGAAUUGGAUACUUCAAGAUGAUGGAGCAUUGAUCCCGCCACAAUACGCCUCUCCCAACUUGUACGGCACUUUGUGGGCCAAUUACACGCUUGGCUUCCAAGCCAAGAUCACUGGAGGCGGGAUCGGAUGGCAGGUUUUGAAUUCUGGGAUGAAUGGCUUGCAGUUCGAACUCAACAGAACACACAUUGGGGUAUUUUAUGGCUCUGGCCCUGCGAAUGGCACUCAGGGAGGUUCCUCUGGCCCUGUCAGCUACCCUCUUAUGGCCAUAGCCCUACACCACACCUCCUACCUUACGCUCUUCGACGGAGAUUUCCACCACUACAGCACAGUGAUUCUCAAUACGGCAUUCAGCGUCUCUAUCGACAGCAUCUCCAUCUUGAAUUUCACUGUACCCGAAGCAAAUGUCUCAACCAUGGUCGUACCCGGCAGCUUUGGUUUUGGCGGUGCAUUCGACGCCAAGGCCGUGUUCACUGGCGUUCGGGUCACGGAUACGCUGGACGGGACGCUCUUGUACGAGUCUGAUUUGAAGGACGAGACCGCGCUGGAUGAUUUUGCGGUUCGGAGGAAUCUAGUGGACUCCAUACUUGACGGCGCAAGGAGAGAUAGAAUUGUUUGGAUCGGUGACGUUGCGAUCACGGCCCCGUCACUUUUCUACUCGACAGCAGAGGCCAAAUACGUCACGGGAUCUCUGUCUCUCGUUUCGUCGUGGCAAAACGAUACGGGAGCACUCGCAACGGACGUACCUCCCAUCGCUCCCUUUGGCGACUCCUACCCGGUCAAACCUGCUAAUUUCUUCUACUCCCUACCGUAUGAGAUCUUCGGUCUUCAGGCAUUCCACGACACGUAUAUGUAUACGGGCAAUGUAUCGUUCCUGGAGGAGUCAUGGGGCAAUAUCCAAGCUCAGACAGAUCGCCUGUUGGGUCUGGUGGGGACUAAUGACAGCUUGAUUAGAAUCGACGAGUCCAAUUCAACCUUGGGUAUGGACUGGGACUAUUACGAUGGGGCACGGUAUGGGGCGGGCACUAAACUAAAUUCGCAAGCCGUCCUCGCAUUCAAGCAAACUUCUACCAUGGCUUCCGCUUUAAACCACACGUCUCUCGCCGCCACUUAUGCGAACGCCUCUGUCGCUAUGCGGGACGCAAUCAACACCCACUUAUGGAACGCUACAGGUGGAUUCUAUGUGAACACGGACAUCGUACCGGGUGUGGCGCAAGAUGCAAAUUCAUGGGCCAUACUUGCGGGAGUAGCAGAUGCCGCGAAUCGCACCGAGGCGACUUUGGCUGCAAUGGCGGAGAAUCUCGAAACCGACUAUGGCAUGCUUGCCUUCUCAGCUGACGCUGGUUCACGGGCGAACAUCAGUCCUUUCGUAUCUGGGUUUCAUCUUGAGGCACUCCUAACGUCGGAUAUGCGUGACGCAGAUGUAUUGUAUAUCCUUGAUAGAACAUUUGGAACCAUGCUGGAUUCAUCGAGAGAAAAUUACACCGGAACCCUCUGGGAAGUCAUGUCCCCUGACGGAACGCCAGGCAUUGAUGCCUACACCUCUCUAUGUCACGGUUGGUCCACAGCGCCCACAGCUCUCUUCUCACGUUUUGUUCUCGGCGUACAGCCUACGUCGCCAGGUUUCAAGACAUGGGUGGUUGCCCCUCAGCCAUUAAACACAACCUCGGCAGAGGGACGGGUAUCCACGCCAUUUGGGACCUUGUCAGUCAACUGGACGAUCUCGCACGGGGUCAUGACGGUCGAGGUAGAUGGUCCCGAUGGUACGAAUGGGACGGUAUAUUUGACAGCGGGGGUCGAAAGUACGAUCACUGUGGAUGGUGGGAAUAGCACGACUCUGCUGCUGGAUCGGACUGGCAGACUCGGGGUCGACAUCGCGGGAGGGGCAACUCAUGUCGUACAAGUGGCGUAA